AUGGGUGUCUUUUCACGAAAGAAAGAGGCCGAAUUGGCUGUUGGAUCGGAGCUCUCACGAGUCCUCCCUCAGAAUCCAAAGCCAUGGUACAUGACUUGGCAUCUGAUCAAGCUUAAUCUGUGCCUUUUGGUCCCUCUAUUCUCUUCUGCCUCCGUUGGCUACGAUGGAUCCAUGAUGAACGGUCUCCAAACUCUGCCCCAAUGGCGUGAGUUCUUCGGCAGUCCAGAGGGCGCGCUUCUCGGACUCAUGAACUCUGUUUAUCCUCUCGGAAAAGUCAUCUCCCUCUUCGUGGUAGCUUAUAUCUGUGAUCGCUGGGGACGCAAGCUCCCUAUUCUUAUUGGUCUCAUCACCUGCAUUGGCUUCGCAACUCUACAGGGCCUUUCGCAGAACCUACACAGCUUUAUCAUUGCGAGAGCUUUCCUAGGCUUCUUCACUAGCUUCAUCGGUCAGCCUAGCCCCAUCAUCAUCACUGAGCUUGCGUACCCAACUCAGAGAGGCAAGGUAACAGCUUUGUACAACACCUUUUUUAACCCGACGACUUGGAGCUGGCGAAUUCCGUCUCUCCUGCAGGGUGCAUUGCCCAUCAUUCAGCUUCUGGGCCUUUACUUCCUACCGGAAUCCCCUAGAUGGCUUGUUUCCAAAGGCCGCAAAGAGGAAGCUCGAAAAGUCCUUGCCGAGUUCCACGCAGGUGGCGAUCUCGAGUCUCCCCUUGUCGAAUUCGAGAUGCAAGAAAUCGAGCUGGCACUUACCCAGGAAGCCGACGCUAUUUCCGCCGUCUCGUGGGCUGAACUAUUCCGCACUCCAGCCAACCGCAAGCGCACGCUUAUUGCUGUCAUCGUUGGCUGGUUUGCUCAAUGGAAUGGUGUCGGAGUCGUCAGCUACUAUCUUGUUCUCGUUCUCAACACGAUCGGUAUUACCAAGGUCAAGGACCAGACUCUCAUCAACGGACUUCUUCAGAUUUUCAAUUGGCUGGCUUCGACUUUCUUGGGAGCCAUGAUGGUUGAUCGAUUGGGGCGCCGGACUCUGUUUCUGCUCUCCACAGGUGGUAUGCUUGUCUCUUAUAUCAUUUGGACCGGCCUUACUGCGCAUUUCGUCAGCAGUCACGAUGAGUCGACAGGCCGUGCAGUGGUUGCUUUCAUAUUCAUUUUCUAUCUUUUCUACGAUAUCGCCUGGACGCCACUUCUCCAGGCCUACCCCGUCGAAAUCUUUCCAUAUACCCUCCGAGGACGUGGCCUUUCCAUCACCUAUAUCUCAUCCUUCACUGGUCUCAUUGUCGGCAACCAGGUUAACCCAAUUGCUAUGAAGGCUAUCACUUGGAAAUAUUACAUUGUCUUCUGUUGUAUCCUCGCAGUUCUUUUCGUCAUCAUUUGGUUCUUGUUCCCCGAAACGAAAGGACAUACGCUUGAAGAGAUCCGGGAAGUCUUUGAAGGGAAGCUUGAUGACCAGGAUAAGUUGGCUAGGGUUGAAUCAGCUAUGGGAGAGGAGAGUACUGGCAAGAAGGGUAGCAAUGCGAAGCAGGUUGAGCUCGCCAACUAA